AUGGAUUAUAAUCGACGAGGAAAGGAGUUUCGAAUGAUUGUGUAUAAUGCGGCUUGUAUCGGAAAUUUGGCACGAAUCAAGGUAAUUACUGAAAUCACUUGAAAAAUUGAUUUGAAAAUUUCAGAUUUUCAUCGAACCAAAUCGUGUGUAUCCUGAAUGGAUUUCCGGCUGCCUUAAUGAUAGCUUCAACGAACAAUUUCCUUUGGUGAUUGCUGCAAGAAAAGGGCAUGUUGAAAUUGUAAAAUAUUUGCUUGAAGUCGGAGCCGAACCAUCAGUUGCUGGAGUUGUCGAAUUCGAUAACGAUGAUAUUCGUGAGUUUCUUAAUUUUAAGAUAAAAUGAAAUAAUAAAUUUUGAGCAUGAACGUGAAAAAACGAAAUUUUAAUGGCAGGGUUUACGUUUUUAUUUAUUUUCAAUAUAACUGUUUUGAUAAAUUCUUGAUAAGACUGGUGCCAAAAAGUCUCAAAAGAAUAAUUGUUAUCAGGUGGAACUCCUCCUCUUUGGGCUGCCGCAGCUGCCGGUCACAUGGAAAUUGUAAAAGAACUUGUUGAAAAUGCAAAAGCUAACAUCAAUCAAACAACAGAAUCCAACAGUACUCCGUUACGCGGUGCUUGUUAUGAUGGACAUUUUGAAAUUGUAAAAUAUUUGGUGGAUAAAGGUGCCGGUAUAAAUAUUCCAAAUCGUCAUGGCCAUACUUCUCUUAUGAUUGCCGCAUAUCGAAAUAAAAUCGAUGUUGUUCGCCUACUUUUGGAGCAUAAAGCUGAUGUAAAUGUACAAACUGCUAAAGGAAAUUCAGCACUUCAUGAUGCGGCUGAAUGUGGAAAUUGUGAAAUUGUGCAACUUUUGAUUGAUUCAGGAGCUGUUAUGAGCAAAGAUUUUCAAGGUGUUUGCCCGUUAUUUUGUGCAGCAAUUAGUGGACAUGAAGAAGUUGUUGAGAUACUUUUAGAACAAGCGAAAAGUAAUAUUACAAGACGAGAUGCUCUCAAAUUAUUGGGUUGUACAAUGGUUGAUAAAAAAAUGGAUUCACAUUUAGCAAUGAAGUAUUGGAGGUUCGUAAUUUUUCCAUAAGAAAUGAUGGUUCCACAGAUUUCAAAAUUAAAACAAAAACUAUCACGAAGUUGUAAUUUAUGACUAAAUCCGGAAAUAUCAGCGUUUACAUUUUUUAGAAACACUAUUUUAAACUUGAAUUUGUUUCUUUUUCUCUGAAAAAAGCAAGAAAGUAAAUAAUUUUCCAGACAAGCUCUCGAAAUCGAAUUAACUCCAGAUGAACAAAAUACAAUUCGACAUUUUGAAGCAUUCACUGAACCUUUAGAAGCUUAUGAUAAUGAAACCGAAAUUCAUUAUAUUGAAAAUUUGUCGAGUCUUGAGGGAAAUGUGGAUAAUGUUCGAAUGCAGGUUUGUGAUUCAGUUUUGUUUUUCUGAAAUUUUUUCGCUACGAACUGGUCUAUAAUUCUCAGUCCCCAUAUUUGUUCCAAACAUAAUUCCUUAUUUUUUUUACCUUUCCGAUUUUUCCCACUCUUGAAUAAUCGCCUUUUCCUGUUCCGCCAACCCACCAAAAAACCACUUAUUAAGUAUCUUUAUGUUUUUGUCGGCACUGAUUGACCUCCCAGGAAACAAAGAUACACACUUAAUUGUUUUCGGAUUAUUGCAAUUAAAAGUGUGCCAAAAUUAUGAUCCCCAUCUGGCAAUAAAAAAAAUGACUGAGAUUUUUUGUUUGGAAAAUGUAGAAAUGAAAGAAAAACGUGAAAUUUUGAACGUGGUAUAUGGAAUUUCAAAAAUCAUUUCCGAAAAUUUUAAGAAUCAAAAAAUGUGAGUAUUCUGUUUUACAGAAAAAAAAAAUUGCAACAUUGUGUUUUUUGAUUCUCAAAAAUUCAUUAGUUUUGGAUAAUAGAAACUGAAAGGAUUUGUUUUUUUUUCUUCAAAGCAAAAAAAAAGUCCCUCAAAAAUAGUUUGAAUAUUUCUGUUUCUUUUAUGAUGAUAAUCGAAAGGCCGGAAGGAGAGGUCAAAUGAGUUUUUCUUUUAAGCCGACAAAAAGCAAAUCAGUUGUUGUAUUAACUAAUGAGUCGGACACGCAACAUAAAAAAGAAGGCGAAGUUGAUAUAUUAUAUGAAUAGAAUAUAUAAAUGAGUAGUCAAAAGCACAUUGUAAAAGACGAAAAGAAUAAGAUGUUUUGUUGCAUAACUUAUGAGACACACACUUAUAAUGAGGAGAAAUGUCUUUUGAUUGAGCCGACAAUGAUUUAUGAGCUGGUUUUUGUGAGGUAAAAUGAAAAUGUAAAAAAAAACAUUUUUGGAUUCCCUAAUGUUCCCCCAAUUUUUUCUUCUACAAGUAGCACUUUUUCUCUCCUAUUAUGGUAUCAAUAUUGAUGUGGAUGUAGAUUUUUUAUUGCGCAAUUUGUGUAAACCUACUAAGAACACUUGAAAAAUAGCAGGUGAUAGAAGGAACGCAAUAAGUGUUGAUUUUUAGGUUGAGUUAAACAAAUAAAUAGACAAAAGUUAAAGUUUGUUGGAUGGAUUUUAUCUGGGAUGGAAGUUUAAAUAAUUUAGAAUUUGGAAUAACGUGAAAAACACGUCUUUCUUCAUAAAUUUUUUCCUACAAAAAUGACAUAUUUACAGGCUCUGAUAAUUCGCGAAAGAGUUCUCGGCGGUGCUCACACUGAUGUUCAUUAUUAUCUUCGUUUUCGUGGAGCUGUUUAUUGUGAUUUGGGACAAAUGAAUAGAUGUUAUACCUUAUGGAAACAUGCUUUGGAAUUACAACAAAAACAUUUUUCGCCACUUCAUGUAGGAACUGUCACAACUUUACAAUCGUUCGAAGAAACAUUUGGAAUGACAUUAAAUGAUUAUGUAAAUGCAAUGCAUGUUGAUCGAUCAUUGCGAGUCAGCUCAUCUUGGGUCAAUUAUGUUUUCGAGAAAAUAUGUUAUGAAUUGGAAAGAGUUCGAGAUUGGGGUGAUAAACCGUUGCAAGAUGCGGAAUGUUGCGGUGAAAAUGUUUGUCCGCAUACUUCGGUUGAAGCGGAACAGAAGAAAUUAGUUGUUGCUGCAUUGCAAUUAAUUAAUGUGGUAAGAUAUUUUUGGAAAAAAUCUAAUUAAAAUUUUCAAUUGAGAUUCUUGGAAAACAUGAGAAUAUAUUAUAUUUUGAGGGAUUUCAAUUUCAUGAGGUUACAAAUACUGGUCUGAAAAAUGAAAUUCAACAUUUAAAAAAUUAGUUCACGCGAGAAAAAUGUGAAAAUUCUAGAAUUGUCACAUAAAUGUUUCACUGUUUCAAAAAUUGUUUUUUCUAUUCUUCCACUCUGGAAGUUUCUCUACAAUCAAAAUUAUCCUUGAAUGAAUUUUUGAAAAAUGUACUUUGAGGUAAUGUUUUUGAAUCCGUGGGAUUACAAAACUCAUAUCUCUUCAACCUUUAAUCUUGUAAAUCGUUUUGUUUUUUCAGAUUGAGCGACUUUCUCUUCCAUCUGCAAAUGGCGAUGAUAUUGAAGAUAAAAUGAUACCAUUGGAUAUCGAUCGACUUGUCAAAAUUUGUCACAUUCUCCAUCUUCCAAUUUUACAUUAUUCUCUCGAAGAAACAAUCGGAGAAAGUGUUGAUUAUAUGAGUCUACCGAAAGCAUCUGUUUUGGCACAAAUAUUAGAGAAUAAUGUUGAUACUACAGCUUGUGAUAAAGACGGAAAUUCAGUUAUUCAUGUUUUAUUGAAAGCAGCUACUAUUAGGUAAGAAAAUGAGGGGAAAAAUAUUUAACUGUGAUUUUAUUUUCAGAAGAAGCCUUAUUCACAUUCUUCUCGAAAAUGGUGCUCUUCUUUUUGCGUGCAAUAAUGAUGGUGAAAUUGUGUAUGAACAAUUGAAAGAAAUUAUCAUCAAAGAGAAAUGCAAAGAUUUGAAACUUGGUGAGUAUUUUAAUAUUUCCAAUUCAAAAACUCCCGAAAGUUAUUACCCAGUAAAAUAAUUUUCUUAUUUCAAUUCAAUUUUUCACUCACUUACUCACUUAUUUAUAUAUUUAUAUCUAUAAUUAUAUUAUCUCCUUUUUCCAUUCCCCCUUUUCCUUUUUCAUUUUUCAAUUAUAAUCCAAUUCAUAAGGUAUUUAGAACUACAAAUUUUCUGCUCAAUACAUAUCCAUAAUAAUCAUAAAUUUACACCUUUUUUGUUAGUACGAAAAUAUUGCAUAACAACAACAAAAAGGAACAUUUUUGAGAGAAAGAAGGGGACUAAAAAGUAGUUUGUAUGUAUGUAGUAAUUAUGAGGAAAAGGGGAGGAAUUUUAAAUUAGCAAUGGGAUAAAGUUUGAGCAAUUUGAAGUUUUUGGAAGAAAUUAGGAUUGAGAGAGGACUGUAGUUGUAUAGUUUUGGAAUAUAUUUAUUGAAAAUAAAUUUUUUGAGCCGGAAAAUUUGAUUUGGAACUCGGAAAAUGUUAUAUAUUUUAUUGUUGUUAUUUCUAUUCAAGGCUAUUUUUUCCUGAAAAAAAGUCUAGUUGUCAAAUAGUUAAGGAAGUUGAGAUUUCAAAAAUGUUAUUUUUUCCAGGAAAAUUCAUAACAUUAGCUGGUUUGGCUGCUCACACAAUUCGCCGAAAAUCUGAAAAUGAAAAUGUUGAAAAUUUGGACGACAUUUUGCCAGCCGAACUUGUGCCAUUUUUGCGAAAACACUAA